GGGGAAGGUAGUUCUAUUGUAGGUACUGUAAUGCGUUGCGUUAUGGCGCGCGCACGUGCUGCUGCGCGCACACGCAACAAUGGCCAGCAAGGCUGCGCAAAUGCCACCUCCCCCACCUGCCUGCAUCCCCCAUCCACUCCAUCCCUUCGCGCAUCCCGUCACACAGCUCCCGCUGUGUUACCACGACUACUUAGUGCCAGAGAGGUGGGUGAGCAUCUCAGUAAAGACGACGACGACGACGACGACGACGAGAGUCACUUUGAGUUCCGCAUUGCACCCGCUAGUAUCUGGAGCAACGUGAUACCACCCGAUAAUAUCUCAAGUACCAUCGCCAGCGGGGGAAGCAAAUCACUCAGCUCCCGAUCGCCGCGCUGCACGCCGCACGCGCGGAGCACUCCACGAGGCGCCGAAAGAGAACGGGGAGAGCACGCGUCGCUCGCGGGCAACGCACUCGAGCGAUGGGGCGGGCCGCCAUGGUCGCGAGGGCGGUGGUGGUGGCGCUGCUGGUGGCGCGCUGCUGCAUCGUGCCUCUCGCGCGGGCUGCACCCGUGCUGGACCCUGACAUGGGUGUGUUGGAGGAGCUGGCAUCCGCGUGGACGAGGUUCGAUGGCACGGCCACAUGGAGCAGGGGCACGGACUGUGACGCCAUGGCUGCUGUGCGCUGUGAUGCAGACGGCCAUGUCGUUGCACUCAACACAAGUGCCCUUGAGGACAACUACAACCCCUAUUGCAACAACCUGCUGCCAGAGGCCAUCACGGCCUUGGGGCACCUCGCAUGGCUGUCCAUCACUGACAGUUGUCUGAAUGGCACUCUGCCCGCUGCGCUCUUCUCCCUGCCCAAUCUCAAGCACCUUAAUUUCACACGCAAUCACUUCUCAGGGAGCAUGCCGGACUCAGUGGGAGGUGCAACUCGCCUUGAGACCCUCGUUUUGGACUCGAAUGAUCUCGGUGGCCCCCUCCCGCCUUCCUUCAGCAACCUCUCUUCUCUCGUGCACUUUAGCGCCUUCAGGAACUGGUUCAACGGCUCCCUCCCCUCUGCGCUGAGUAAUCUGCAGCACCUGACGCACCUAGCCUUCCACUUCAACCGACUCUCUGGACCCCUCCCUGACUCUCUGGCCCACAUGACCGCGCUCAAGUACCUACAUGUGGCCCACAACAGACUCUAUGCAACUCUGCCUGCAUUCCUUGGCAACCUGACUAACCUUGAAUUCCUGAACAUGGGGAACACUUUUUCGCAGGGAACGCUGCCUGCAGGCAUGUUCGACAUGACGGCCCUGACUGCCUUGCACCUCGAUGGUAACUUCCGCCUCUCAGGCUCCAUUCCAGAGGCAAUCGGCAACCUCAAGCAGCUUCAAAGGCUGGACCUGAGCUACAACCGGUAUUCUGAGCCCAUCCCCAACUCCAUUGGAAACCUCUCUAAUCUGGAAGAACUGUAUCUGGACUACAACAGCCUGAGUGGCACUAUUCCUGCCUCCAUAGCCAACCUUGCUCGACUCCGUUCACUGGACCUCUCUGUCAACCGCCUUGCAGGGAUCAUACCUGCCGCCCUCACCACACUCACAGCACUCUCAUUAUUCUGGGUGCAGAACAACCAGCUGGUGGGAGCCCUGCCGCGCUUCCAGGGCGUCAACGUGGACGCGAGGAUCAACUACCUCACAGCCGUACAAGACCCACUCAACGGCUCCUCACAGCAGUGCGCCCCCGAGCUCAACUGCGUGACAAACACUCCCAGCGAGUGCGGGCAAGGGAACGAGCAGCGGAGUGCCAGCGAGUGCCGGUCGUUCUGUGGGAAUGAUGCGUUGAGCCCACCUUGCGGCGGGCAUGGCGUGUGCUCGUUUGUGGGUGCCAUCAGCGACGCGCACUGCACAUGCGAUGAAGGGUUCACGCAGGAGCUGGCUGGUGGCACAUGCAUCCCUCAAGGCAUGAAACCGCCAGUAGGAAAUCAGACUUUCGUCACCUACUCCUCUUCAAUUUACUCUAUGGCCCUCAUUAACUCGACCUCCUCUCUCUUCGAAAAGUCCAUCUUCCUCGCCUCUGCGCCAUCCACUGCAUCAUGGGGAGCAGCCUUCACACAGCAGCCCCUCGCUCUCUUCCGUCCUACCACCCGUAAGGCGCCCUGCGACCAGCCCAUUGCCUUCUCCGUCUACUUCGCCUUCAGAAUGACCCCUGAUACUGCGGAUGCUGGUUCGGACGGCUACAGCAUUGGGCCCGGAGGCGAAGGCCUGGCGUUUUUUGUGAGUGCGGCGGCACCACAGGGGGCAGCAGCGGGUGCGGGGCUGAGAGGGGUGGGCCGGCGGAGUGUGGGAGUGGAGUUUGACUCGGUGCUGAGUGUGAAGCACAGCGACCCCAAUGACAACCACGUGGGCGUCAAUGUGGGCGGCUCACCUGUGUCCCUCGCCUCUGCCACGGCCCCUCUCAUCCUCAACGACGCCCAAACCAAGCACGCCUGGAUCCACUACGAUCCUACCAGCGGCGGCACUCUCCGAGUCUUCCUCUCAGCCUCCAGGCAGCAGCCGUCAAAGCCUCUGCUGACGGCGAGAGUGUCUCUGUGCAGCACGCUCAAGCCCACCAUGGGCGAUGCCUCCUUCCUCUUUGGCUUCAUGGCUGCCUCUGCCAACAAUGCUCAGAAGUACGAGAUUCUCUGGUGGAAGAUCGUCACAGGGAUGCCACCUCCAGUAAAUUGGCAGAAUCGGGCCCCUGGCAGUGCAUUUGGGCGGGUGGCAUCAGCAGAGGAGGUGGCAGCAGGCAGUGAGGGCGAGAGUGUGCUCUCCUCCUUCCACUAUGCCAGCCUUGCCUUCCAAGCCAAUGAGGAUGGGCUGCCUUCCUGGAACCUUCCGCCUUUUGUCUCUUGGAUGCGGGACGAGACAGCAUGGCCUGUGAAGAGCCAACAUGGAUGUGCUGACUCCUCAGCGUUCGCAGUGGUGGCAGCGUUGGAGGCAGCCUACAGCAUCGCGAGCGGCUGGUCGCAGCCCCCCCGGCUGUCUGUGGAGCAUGUGCGCGGAGCCCUCUCGUCCAACUGCGACGACAUGUCUCCCCGCGAUGUGCUGGCCUUCCUGGCGGCUGCCACACACAAGGGAGGGGGGCUCGUGGAUGAGGCAGCAGCAGCGGGCGCCAGUCAGCGCAGCAUGGCGUCCGCAGGCCGGCGGGAGAGGCUGCAGAAGCCCAAGUACUACGGGAUUCAGGGCUUUGAGGAGACCUCGUUUGGCGGGUGGCUGGGGCUGCUGCUAGCAGUGCAGCGGCAGCCAGUGGUUGUGAGAAUAGAGGCAUCCGCACCAUCGUUCAUCGACUACGAUGGGACGUCCAAGUACGCGGACAGCAGCUGCUUCCAGGGGGCGGUGAACCAUGCGGUGCUGCUGGUGGGGUAUGCUGUGGAGGGCAGCGCGUCCAGCCCUUUCAGCCUGCCUGCGCCACUCUGGGUCAUCCGCAACUCAUGGGGCAGUGGGUGGGGAGAUGCAGGCCACAUGCUCAUGGACAUGCAGAGCGGCCCGGGCGUCUGCGGCAUCAACACACUUCCGGGGCUCUUCCCCAUCCUCAGAGCUGCUGCUGACCCGUGUGGAAGCAAGUCCGUGCAGCUGGCAGCAUCACCGGGAGUGGCAGCAAGCAAUGCGUUCAACCCGUGUGGGCAGUUCAAGUGCUCCAAGGCCGGAGCAUCCAACCGCUGUGCCUGUGCUGCUCCCCACUUCGUCCAGGCCGCCCACGCUGACGGCUCCAACACAUGCGCCUACGUGGACGCGUGUGGGCUGGCAGGCAGCAACCCAUGUGUGGUGGGCACGUGUGUGAACGAUGGCAAGGGCAGCUACUCCUGUGUGUGCCCCCCGGGGUUCAUUCAAGGCACUACCGCCAAGGGAACCCUCUCCUGUGCUCCUGGUGAAAGCAAGGGUAGCUACACGGUGCGUGGCAGCAAUGUGUGGUGCUCGCACUUGCUGCCUGUGCUUGGCCUCCCACUGGACCAACUCAAGCAGCAGAACAAGAAGCUCUCCUGCUCCAAGCCCAUCCCAGUGGGCUUCAAGCUCACUGUCAAGCUGCCUCAAUCACUUCCCAACUGCUCUCUUUUCUACACCACCCAACCUGGCGACAGCUGUGCAUCUGUGGCAGCGCUCUUUAACCUGACCAAGGGUUGCCCCGUGGAGGGCGAGGCAUGCGGGGAGGCAGUGGUGGGGCUCAACCCUGGGGUGGACUGUGCAGCGCUCACGGGCAGCCAGGCCGUGUGUGUGGAGCGGGAGGAGAGCAAGGCGGGGGUGGUGGCAGUGUGUGAGCAGCAGUACGAGGUGCAGGGCAGUGGCGGCUGCGAUGCUGCAAGGAUGGCCGUGGAUCCACCUCUGAGCCCCUUGGAGUUCCACCGCCUCAACCCCGGCAUCAACUGCAACACCCGCCUGCCGACUGAUUCAAUAGAGGGCUACUCACAGCGCAAGGUAAGCAGUGCUCAGUGGUCCCGGGUUUGACCACACAGUCAUCUCCCUCAUUGCCAGCUCGAGCGGCUUGUCAUUUGUCUACAAUCCUUGGUGUCCUGCUGUAGGUGUGCAUUGGCAGCAGCACGAGCUACAGGUUCGGCACAUGCCCGGGGGGCGGCACAUACACCGUGGCAGCUGGGGACAGCUGUGCCAUGAUUGAUGUGAUGGGGUUUGCCAGCAUCAAGGGCUGCUACAGGAAGUUGAACGGGUUUGAGUGCUUGGAGAAGAUGCCCGCUGGGACCACCGUCUGCACCCCUGAUGCUUCUAGGGCCCGUGUGGGGAACUGCUCAGUGGAGGAGUACCAGGUUUUCCUAACCGAUUAAUUGAGUUCAUGGGGCGUUAAUCUGGGUAGGUAGGGGCAUGUAUACCAUGAUUAAGACACGUGUCUGGUUCUAUACACUGUAAUCAUUUGUUGUUUUGUUAUGCUUGCACA